AUGUUGUACCGUUCCACAUUUACCACCGAGCUCCGACAUAAAGGAGUGCCAUUCCCUUCUUUGGCUCAGAAAACUGUGAUGUAUAGACUCUGGUUUCUAGCUCUGGGCUACCCUACCUUGUUUCGGCACCCAAGCGGGAAACACAGACAGCAUGACAGGGAUGUAGGCCAUGAUAGCUCCCAUCCUUUUAUCCUUAUAAACAACGUGACACUAGUGAUGUUUAGAAUCUCCUUUGGACGUCUUACCCUCCCAUGUACUACCCUACGUUAUGCUCCUUACUUCCAUCCCCCCAGUGUUACACCGCCAAUUGCUAUCCAGCACAUGUAUCCUCGUCUAGUGUUAUCUGUGCAGUAA